AUGGAUCCUUUUGCUUAUAAUAAAAAUUUGCCCAAUUUCAAAACUCCCAAUGAUCCUGCUUUAACUCUAGAAAGUAAUGGUACUAGAGAAAUUGGGUCAUCGUUUAACAAUGGAGAUAAAGACCCAACCCUCUUUGCCAUUUUUGAUGCCCCAGAACAUACGUUAAAUACAUUAAACGUUUUUGGGAAUAAUGAAUUAUCAUUGCCUUUACAAGAGCCCCAGGAAAAAACUGAGGAUUUUAGUAACAGUUACUGUACUGUCCCAAGGUCCAGUGCUAAGCUGGACGACAAGGAUAUAUUGUUGACAGAUUUUGAUAAUUCUUCAUCUUCUCCCAAUUCUCAAUCUUCCAAAACUUUAAAUGCUAGUAAUAAUGGGUUUAAUAACAAUUCUGAGUACGAGUGCUCAUCUUUAGACAACCUAAUCUUUGAAGAUAUGAUUGGUAAUGGUGCUCUGGCAAAAUCAACGCCAGCACCAGCACCAGCACCAUCCACAGAUGAAAGUAUGCUUGAAUGUCACACUGACGCCGUUGAGCGCCCUCUGUCGCGCGUCAGUAAUUCGAGUUUCCUAAUUAAGAGUCCGACGACACAAAUUAAGUCGCCUAGAAAAUAUUCAGUGGGGGAAAAACCAUUUAAAAUACAAAAACCAAAAUAUUAUCAAAAUUUCAAUGACCUACAAAAUUUAAUAAGCUCUUAUAAUAUGGAGCUCAAUUAUAUCUUGCUAUCUGAAGAUUCUGAUAAUAAAAAUAAGGAGGGCAAAAUAGGGAAUCAAUCUGGUAAUCAUAAUAAUAAGAAGAAUAAUACUGAUAAUUCCAAUCAUAACAAUGGUCACAUUAAUCAGCAAGCUAACCCACCCUCCACAAAUUUUAAUGAAAUGGGUACUACAGAAGCUGUACCUGCUCAGGAAAUUCCUACUCAAAAUUUUCCGCUGCUAAUGGGUGAUGAUCAAUCAAUUAUGGAAUCUAUUCCUACUCAAGCCAUGGAGUCCGUGAUGGCUUCAAAUGAGGAGCUAGGAACUGAUAUGCAAAAUUCGAUUUUGACCGGUAGCUACGACUCUACUGGCACGACUACAACCACUAUGACGGAUGAUAGUUGGGACUUCAAACCGCCCAAGAUGAACAAUAGCAAAGUACCUAGAUCAAGAAGAACUAAGUGUUUGAAAAAAGAUUCUACGGUUUCCAUGGAAGCUAAAUUGGAAUAUUUCAACAGAGUGGUUCAAAGUGCCAGAAACAAUAAAUUACGUGGAAUUUUUCUCAGAGACCAUGCUGCAAGUGAAUUGGCCAUUGGUAAAAAUGAUUACAACACGAUGGAAUUAAAUUUAAUAAAUAUCGAUUCCAUUUCACAAACGUUAGAAAUAAUGAUGCAAGGUCAAUCAGAGUCGUUUAGGACUAUUUGGAAGAUUUUCCGUCAACAAUAUGAUCAUGAAGUAUAUUUAACAUUCCAACUUUCAGAUGAAUAUGCCGCCGUAAAUGACAAUGAAAUGGAGAUUAGUAUUUUCACACUGAUGGUUCCUGGCCAUAAUCCUAAGCAUCUAAUGACUGGCUGCCAAUAUUUACAAUUGGUAAACUUUAUCUUGGGUAAAGAGUAUAACCAUUUGAUCAAUGAUAAUUUAGCAGAAACUACUGUAGGAUCUGAUGGUAAGAUGAUUUCUACACAAAAGCAUCAUGCAUCUCGAGUUAGAUCUCAUGUCAAAAAAUACUUGAAAAGGCAUGUCGUUAAAGAUAUUAAAAGAUACACUAAUGAAGAGCGUAGUAACGUUUCCGAAUUCCAUUACCAAAUGAUUUUACAUAAUUUGGUAAUGGGAUGUAUUUUAAAGAAACCGUUCGAAAGUAAAGUUUCUGUUGCUCUCAUGGAAUUACCAAAAGUCAAAGAUGCACUGAUUAAACAAGCAGACUUCUUUGUUUUCAAAAGAAUAUAG